AUGUUCGACAUGGAUUAUCACUUCCUAAGGCAAGUGGGAAGGUGUUUAGAUACUAAAAACAAGUAGAAACUUAAGAAACCUAAAGCAAAAAUCACCAAAAAAACUAAAAAAUAAUCUCCACUUAAGUCUUUAUUUUCUCAAUCAUUAGAGGAAUUGCAAGCCUAAUUAUUUCCUAAAAAUAUGGAUACUAACAGAAAUCUGAGCCAAAAUAGUAAAAAUCCUAAGUCACUUGUUAGAAGAUUUACAAAUUCACCAAGUAUAUUGAUUCAUUCUUCAAGUUAGUAAAGUGUAAUAUAAGUUCAAACUAGCAAUAAUUAUUAACCUACUCAAUAAAAUGAGCCACUUUCAUCAAAAACUAUUAUUUAACAUUCACACCCUCCGACAGCUGCCUAACUUCAUUAGUAGGCAAGGCCAUUCUCAGGCAUCAGAAAUAACUUAUUUGAUCCCUUGAAAUUUUUUAAUCAGAGGAAGAUCAAGGCUUACCCAUCUCUGAGUAGAGACUAUAGCAUGACACUCAUUGAAAAAAUAGGUUCGUAUGGAGGGGAGCAUAGGGAGCUUACUAGGUAUGAUUUAGUAAAGAUGAAGUCAUCAAGUCCAUACUCCAAGUAAAGCAUGCUCAAAGAAUUUCGAAGUGGGAAUUACAGAAUAACUAACUCCGAUAGCAACACCCUGAAAGAAGCACCAUUAACGAACAAUCAGCAGCAGACCAUCAGCAGAGACUAAGAAAUAGAUGACUUUCUUUUUAACGAUCAACAAAAUCCAAAUGAUUAGAGUACUAUUGUUAAGAAUUACUUAACAGAAGAGUACAAUCCAAGCAAUAAGUCAUUCCACACUCCUAUGCUUAAGAAGAGGUAGAUGGAGGAAGCAUAGGGAGCACCAUCAAGAAUCUUCUCCAUGAAUACAAAUUUUAAGUUUCAAAAUACAUAGGCAUUUAAGAAAAGCUCUUUGAAGAAUUCAAAAUCUAACCCGAAAUUGGCUGUUCAAUAGCGCAUAAUUAAGGAGCAUAAGCCACUUAUAAUUCUAAACUAGCAGCAAUUAGAAUAAUAUGAACGGGUCUUCUUAGAGGACUAUUUCAGUAAAAAGUAAGUUCAGAAGCAACUUCUCCGCUCUAUGACUCAUUCGAUACCUGAUGAGGCUAAUGUCAAGAAAAUCGCGAUAAAUAUAGACUUCUUGUGUGAAGACUAGUUCGUUAACGAUAAGAUUAUGUAUAUAGUCUGGAAAAAUUUUAACAAUAAGCAGUACUUUGUGAUAAGUGAACCUGAAAUUUUGGACAGACUUGAUCAGAAUAUUGAUGAUGAAAAGAUAUAUGAUAGCUUGCUGACCUUUAAUCUAGAUAUCAAGUACUAAGUACACGACACUUGCAUUGAAAAGAAAUAGGAAGAUCAGGAAUUCAAUGAAAUGCUUAUGAAUAUUGACAGUAUGCAGGAACAAUCCAACACAUUUCUAGAGUUCGACUUGAUUUAGUAUGUUGUCCAGUAAGGUAUGUUGGAUGAGUCUCGGAGCUAGGAUCAAGCUUACUUCAACGAACAAAUUUUUAAGAUACGAAGACCUUGUCACAGUGGGGUAAUACAAUAUAUAAAUGCUGAGUAUUUUUCCAAAAGAUAUGACUACCUCAUCUAGUACCUUGCGAAGAGAAAAAUAUUCGACUUUAAAGAUGCGUUAUGGGUAAAUGACAACAGAAUAUGUUUAGCAAGAGAUAAAUUCAAAAAUCAAGACAAUGAACAAUAUUGUCCAACAAAAGGAUACUUAUUUUAGAGAGCAGUAAUUCCAUCAAGUGAAAUAAUCAAGAUCUUGUUUUAGCCUAACUACCAAUUGAGCAUAUUUUACCUGUUGUUCAACCCAGAUGAAGACUACGAGUUGCUGCUCACAAUAGAUAGGAUCUUACAGGAGAUGCAAAAAAUUGAUUUGAAAAAUAAACCUGCUCUCUUGAGUUUAGCCUCUGAUCAUCCAAAGAUCCUACUUCGAAAAAAGAUGAUGAGAGAGAGGCAUAAGAGUCUAGGGUAUGUGAGUAGCUAUCGCUUGACUGGUCGCAACUUAAUGAUUUAGGACAGCAUCAAGAGUGAUACUAGUUUUCGUAGUAGUGUUACUCACAAGUUCAGUGAUAACGACAAUAGUGUCAGCUAAUCUGAUAACGAACAAAACAAGACCAAGGAGAGCAUUGAUGUAGACCUUAUACCUAUACUCAGAAAAAAUGCAAUGAGACGAAGCAGGAGAAAGCUGAUAAAUAAGCAGCCAGGUGGUGACUAAAUCAAGCAUAAAGUUUUCAAGGCCAGAAUCGGCUCAAAGUCUGCUGCAAGUUAGACUAAUUAAUGGAGUCAUGGCUACUAUUUCAAAGCAAAUAAAACAUCAAUGAUGGCUAUUGAGAAUUUUGAUUAUACCAGCGAGGAUGAUGACGAUGAGAGUGACUCUUCCAGUUCCUCGAUCUCCUAUAUGACUGGCAUGAAUUAUAUUGCCAUUCCCAAGAGACUCUCUAACAUUUCUAAAAACUCAGAGUAAAUAUCCUUGUUUACUCCAAUUAAAGGGCAGCAAUAUUUAGAUGUUGGGAAGAGGGAUUUUACUGUGUAGAUUUAAGUAGGCAAUUUAGGGUCGUAGAAAUAAAUGCCUUAAGUUAAAAAGAGCACUCGCCAGAAAAAGAUGGAGAAGAGAGCAAGCAGACUACUGAAGAAAAUGGGUUCAAUGGACGGAAUACUGAUAGAUAAAUUUGGCUAUGAAAGCGUUAUCAGAGUUGAUGAUUCAAGGAAAUUUCUAUUUGAGGUUUUUCAGUCUGUGGAAAUCAAGCAAGAUGGCAGUUUAAUAGAUACUGAGCAACAAGUCAAAGAUCACUCUGAUGAUCAUUUAACAACAGACUCUUCACUUAGAGAUCAAGGAGAUGAUAAAUUCACUGAUUUUGAUACUAAAAUUCAGAAGCAGCAACUCAGGAAGUUCUUCUAGUAGCAAAAGCUAAGAUAAAAACUAAAUCCAAGAUUGAUUGGAAAGCCUUAAAUGCUUCCUAAAAUGACUUCAAGUCAUGAGCACAUGCUAGUAAACUAAAUGACAAUAGCUUCAGGCAAUACAGGUAACUCCAAAAACGGAAAGUCAAGUCUAGUUAACCUAACUCAACCUUAUACAACGAUUGGUAAUUACUAUAAGAAUUUGACAAAGAAAAAGAAGGUUGAUCGUAAGGAGAAAGAUGUGGCUGGUGAAGUGAUAAGUGCUGAGGAGUUCAUUGAGGAUGAUGAGAAUAACUUUUACCUUCAAAUGAGAAUUAACAUCAAGAUAAUGGAGUUGCUGAAUGAAGGUGGUGCUAACAAAGAUAAGUAGACAUCAUUCUUGAAAUCAAUCAGAAAGAUCCAAAAGUUAAAGAAAAAUGAAUUCAAGGAGGACUUUAAAAGAACUCAGAAGAAGAUAAUGUAGCAAUAGAAUUCAGUCAGUGAUUCAGACUAGAAGGAGACUAAGAGUCUGUUCAGUAACUCUGACGAGGAGGAAAAGAAGUAGCAUGAACUGAAAGAAAAAAAAUAAAGGAAAAAUUCAUUCAGGUCCUUCAAUUCCAAAAAUGUUCACCUCCAUAAUAUCAGUCAGUUUCAUGCCUCAAAUGGGAGUAUUCAUAGUAACACAAUAAAGUUAAAUCUGAGUAAGGUCAGCAAUUUAAAGCGAUAGUCAUUAAUCUCAAUGAGAAAAUGCUAAAUACUUAGAAAAAGAAAGUUAAAAGAUCCCAAUGCUGAGUCUUUGAAGGUAAGAUCUCAAUCACACGUAAUCAUAUAUUCUAUGCAGAAAAACUUGUAUAUGCGUGACUAAGCCUAACUCGAAUAGUAAAUCAUUCAAUGCGUAGUUCACUAAGACCUGACUAACUUUAAGCAAAUGCUUCAUAAAUUCGAUGAAAGCCUUGAUACCUAUAGAGAUCCAGUUGGAAACACACUACUAUCAAUAUCAACCUAGCUAGGCAAUAAGAUCUUUGUAGAACUGCUCCUGUAAUCUGGCGCGGACCCUAACAUUUAAAACGACUUGGGCAAUGUACCCUUGCACUAUUCAAUAUGCAAUGGCUUCAAUAAAAUAACUGAUCUACUGAUGGAGUUCGGGGCAAAUGAGAGGAUCAUUAACACCGAUGGUAAAGCCCCUUGGGACAAGUUCAACUGA